GCAUGUGGAACUUAUGUAUUGUAAACCAUUGGCAUCGAAAACUUUUAUCAAAGGUGUUGAAAUUAUCAUUACUAACCAGACAAUUACAAACAAAAAAAAAAAAGAGUUAUUAACAGAUGUACGAUUUUCAUUUUGAUUUUAGUCCAUCGCGCAAAAGCAAUGUCCUCUAUCCCCUACGAGUUGCUAAUCCCGUCCGGUUUGCUGACGAUCAGUAUCUAUGCCUUGCGACGGUACAAAAUCCAAAAGUGGGGUUGGGUCACGAAUAGAAACUCCCUCAAAGGUAAACUCUUCAUCAUAACCGGAGCGAACACCGGUCUUGGUUAUGAAACGACCAAGGCACUAACCGCCAGGCAAGCAACCACUAUUAUGGCAUGUCGAAAUCUGUCCAAGGCCAACGAAGCCAUUGACAAGAUUCGCCAAGAGACGAAGGAAGGUGAGUUGAUACCGAUGGAACUGGAUUUGGCGUCGUUUCAAUCGAUUCGUAAGUUUGCCGCCCAGAUUAAAGAUAGGUAUCCAGACUUCCACUGUCUGGUGAAUAACGCUGGAUUGGCCGCUCAGGAACCCGCGUUUACCCAAGAAGGGUUCGAGGUACACUUCGGCGUGAAUCACCUAGGUCAGUUUCUUUUAGUGGACCUGCUAAAAGACAACUUGAAGAAGAACAAUUCUCGAAUCGUGGUCGUGUCCUCCAGGAUGCACGAAAUAGAAGCAAGCAUAGACAUAGGCAACCUAGGACGGUGGGUUGAGUAUGACAGUCGGUUGAACCGAUUGUACAAUAACUCCAAGCUGAUGAAUUUCUACUACGCAAGAGAGCUGUACAAACGAGGGUUCAACGUGCACGUGCUAUGCCCCGGCUUGUGCCACACAGACUUCUUUCGGAACUACGACCCCAAGUGGUACCAUUAUCUGCUGUUUUCUCCAAUAGUGUGGCUGAUGCUACGGUCGGCAGAACAGGGAGCACAGAACAUAAUCUACUGUGCAACGGACAGUGUCACCGACGAGAAACGGAAUCCCGUGACGGGUUAUUUCGUGUCCAAUGUGAAGAUGCGGAAGUCGAAGUACCCCUUCGACGAGGAGAUCUCCGUGCGGUUAUGGAAUGAAAGCGUAGAAGCGAUUGAAGAAGCGAGCAGGAGUGGUUGAUUGUUUUUUUUAAUUGGUGUGUGGUGGAUUGAGGAUUCUAACGCAUGGUCACUAAAACCGGAGGGACUUGGUGUUGGGAUAGAGGACGUUGUGAGUGCGCGAAUGGAUUUAGCCAAUCGAGAACUGAAAGAACAUGUCCACCUCACUGCUGUACCUUCUGAUCCCGGUCGGGGUCGGCGCAGGUAUCUAUCUGAUCCGAAAGCUACGUGAGCUCCA